UUAUUGUGCAUUUAGUGUUCGUGCUGUGUAGAGGCAUUAAAAUCGAAUUUUGUGUUAUUUCAUGCCAGUACGCUUCUGUUAGGUUUUUUUUUCUUUUGUUGGGUGAAAUCCGUUCAAUUGCCCAGCAGAGCGCAAUUGUUCCACCCCUGAUUUAGGAGAGUGUGAAUCCGGAUAGAUUGUUAUAGAAGAGUGUGGAGUUCGUGUUCCCCCGGUCACCGAGAGGUCAGAUUCGGCUUUUGGUUAGAGCAUUAUACCUGAACCUCCCGAAAGUUUUGCGCGAGUGUAUUUGUGUACUAUCCGCGAAGAAGUCGAAAGCGGAAAACCGAAUCGAAGACCGAAGCGAAGAAUAAGAGUUCAACAAUUUUAAAGUGCUCUGAACUACACAACAACGUCAGACAUCCCCGUUGUUGCGCAUCCGUUGAAUGAGGAGAACCGAAAAAGUGGUUUAAAAAAAUUCGAACAAACUGUUACCCCAUCAAGCAGCAGCUGUCAACUGAAUUUUUGUGGAUAUCAAAAAUUUAUAAUUGCCGAGCUCAAACCGCGGAGAUUUAAUCCCUGCAUCAGCCUGUACGCGGAUCAUACGGACAUACCUUCAACUGCAAAUUUUUUAAUUAUAAUUCCGUUCUAAUUGCAACAGCACCAGAGACCAGCAGCCAUGGGUAAAGCACAGAGUAAGCGUUCGGUCGAUAUAACGACAGACCCGGCCAAGGAUGGCGUAGUCACAGAGGGCACCGGCAAACUGGAAAAGAUUGAAGACGUCGAUCAGCUCAAAUCACAGGUCAACGGCGAUGCACAGCACAACGAGGGCGAAUCGGAAAAGAAGGUUGAAUCGGAUGCCGCCGAAAACGAGAAAGACUCCAGCACAGAAAAAGAGAGCAAAGAUGGCGGCGGCGAUGCCAGCGCCACUGCCAGUGCCAGUUCCCCAGUCACAGAGAAGACACCUGCAGCCGCCGAGUCGGACUCGGAUGCGGCCAACAAGACACAGGAAAACGGCAGCGCCGACGAAACCCUAAACGACAGCAAGGCCGCCGCAGAGGACAGCAAUAAAAAGCCCAAAAAGGUCAAAAAGAAAUGGUCCUUCCGAAGUAUCUCGUUCAGCAAGAAGGACAAACAAAAGCCCGCCAAGAAGGAGAAGGAAGGCGAAGAGAAGGUGAACGGCGAGUGCGAGAAAGUUCCUGAAGAGCCAACCGAAGAUGCCGCUGCUGCUGCUGCGGCCGCUGCCCCAGCGCCAAGCGAUGUCACCGAGACGAAGCCCGAAGUCGCCGAAGUUGCUGCCGAGGUCGUGAAAGCGGUUGAGGAACCAGCCGUAGAAGCCGUCGUCGCCUCGCCCGCCCAAGAGACUGCCCCUGCCACUGCUGAAACUACUCCGGCCACCGAAAUUGCCCCCGUUGUUGUUGCUGACAAACCGGCGGAAGAGGAGAAGAAGGUCGAAGAGGAAAAGCCAGCAGCCGCCCCUGUCCCAGUCGUCCCAGAGUCGGAACCGGAGAAGGAGGCCGAAAAAGUGGUCGAACCGGCCGUUGUUGAGGUAAACAAAGCUAAACAAGUCGAACAGACGCCGCCGGCGGAAGUAGUCGCCGCCGUUGAGACUGAAACCAAAUCCGAACCUAUUGUUGUUGAGCAAACAGAGAAACCAGUAACCGAAGUAGUAUGCGACAAACCGACAGCGGAGGCGGUGCCGGUCGCGACCGAAGCUGCGCCGGAAGUAGCCGAAGUCGUGGCUGAACCCGUUUCUGCUGAACCGGUUGUUGUCGCUGAUAAUGGUGAUAGCACGCCUCCACCUCCUCUGCCCUCCAUUCCUCCUCCCUCCCAGGUGAUGGUAUUUGCAGAAGCUUCUAUGUCCCAGGGUACUACCGAACCCGAACCCGAUUCCCUGAAUUCUAUCCCGGAACCGUCCUCUCUGCCGGUUGAAAAGCAGGAACCUAAACAAGAAGAGCAGGUUGUAGUGGUAGAAGAAAGCAAAAAAGCAGAAGAGCCAGUCGUUGCAGCUCCGGUUGAAGCUGCUGUGGCUACAGUUGAUGAGCCAGUCGUUGAGAAGAAGGUUGAGGAAAAGCCAGUUGAAUCCGCUCCAGCACCAGUCGAAGCCACCCCAGCACCAGUCGAAGAAGCUAAGAAGGAAGAGAUUCCAGUGGUUGAAGAAAAAAUCAUCGAGAAAGUCGUCGAAGCUGUACAAGCCGCUGCUCCAGUUGAAGCUGUUGCAGAGCUGAAGGAAACGGUGGCUGAGUUUGUUGAGCAAAUCUUGGAAAAGGCCGUCGACAAGGUUGAGGAACAAGUUUCAGCUCCAGUUGUUGAAGAGCAGAAGGUCCCAGUGGAAGCCGAAGCUCCAAAAGAGGUUGUUGCUGAACCAGUCAAAGUCGAGGAAAAGCAAGCUCCAGUAGAAUCAGCCCCAGCUCCAGUCGAGGAAAAACCAGUUGAAGCAACUCAGGCUCCUGUUGAAGAGAAACCAGUCGAACCAACGCCAGCUCCAGUACAAGAAGCUGUUGCUCCUGUUGAAGAAAAGCCAGUUGAAAAAGAAGCAGCCAAAGUUGAGGAAAAGCCAGCUCCAGUAGAAGAAGUGUCGGCUCCAGUAGAAGAGAAGCCAGCUGAGCAAGCUCCGGCUCCCGUGGAAGAGAAACCAGUCGAACCAACUGCAGCCCCAGUGGAAGAAAAAGUAGCUCCCGUUGAAGAGAAACCAGUUGAAAAAGUGACCGCUCCCGUGGAAGAAGCCAAACCGGCAGAAGUGGCCGCACCAGUCGAAGAACCAAAAUCAGAGGAACUUAUUCCCGCACCAGAACCGGUCUCGGAAGCUGAUGAAAUCAGCAACACAAUCGACGACUUGCCACCCCCACCACCACCACCAGCAACCGAUGAUGAGCCAGUGCCCGAUUCGCUUCCCUCGCCUCUGCCCACGAUUGCAGCUGCCGCCCCGACUGAUGCCACCUGUGCCGAUGAACAAAAUCUCUCCGUCGACAUUUCCUCACCACUUCCACAGAACUCGCUCGAAUCUCUUCCAUCACCGCCCACACUAUCCCAGAGUGACGCCAUGAGCUUACCUCCCCCGCCAGAAUCUCCCUCGGCCACAUUGACCUCGAUGGAGGCCACCGAACAGUCUCUUCCCGCUGCUCCCGUUUCCGAACCUUCUGCACUUCCCACGCCCCCAGAAUCUGCCCCAGUAACCUCCGAACCACAGUCAGAAGCUCAGGUCCCUCAGGUAGCAGAAGAAAAACCAGUUGAGGUGGCGGCGGCGGCGGCGGCGACGUCGACGGUUGAGAAAGAACCCGUGGUAGAAGAACCAGUGGUGGCAGCGACGACGACGGCGACGGCGGCGGCACCAGCUCCGGAAUCUAGCAAGAAAGAAGAACAGGUGGUUGAAGAAAAGGAAAAAUCAGAGGCGCCGGCGCCGCAGCCAACCGAAGCGACGGAGAUCGUCGUCAAAAAGCAGCAAAAUGGAACCGCCGCCGUUGAGAAUGGAACCGAAACCGCCACCACGACCACAGAGAACGGAACGACCGAAAACGGCACGGCGGUGGAAAAUGGCCAGAAUGGCGUGCACGAGACGUCCACCACGGAGAGCAUGAACGGCGACACCGAACACAAAAAGGAGGAGAAAAUUCCAGAGAAGGCAGCUCAACUUCAGCAACCUCCGCCGGCAGCAGAAGUAACGGCUGAAUAAAUCUAUUGAUUAUUAUUAUUAAUUAAUUAAUUGUAAUCGUAAAUAUAAAUACCGAUGAGAGAGCAAGUGGACAGAAUAAAACAGAAACGAAAGCAACAGCAACCAUCAGGAUCACCUUUUUCCCGAAAAGGGGAAGUAGUAAUUGAAGGCAGAGAAGCAUCAACAAAUCCAUAGCCAACCGCAGACAGGCAGGAAACAGUAGGAACAACCCGAAAACAGCAAACGAAGGAGCAUCCAGAUCGCAGCACACCACCAAUAGAAAUGGGAAGAACGGAACCUUUUUACAUAUUUUUAAAAUUUAAAGUUAUAUUAUAAUUAAUUUUAUGAAAAUAUUUAAAGAAAAAUCACCAUAAAUACUUUCAGAAAACGAAUAUAUUUAGAAGGGUUCGAUUAUAAAGAAAACAAAAAAAUCGCAUUAAGGUGAAGCACAUAUAGCGUGCGUGUGUUGUAGAGCGAGCGAGAAGCAUCGGUCUUUUUUCGGAUAUGUUGUAAGGCAGAGGCACCUCAUGUUUUUUUCUUUUCUUUAAGUUUAGUAAAAAAGGAUAUAAAAAGGGAAAAUUAUUCAAGCUGCAAGCAACUAAGUUUACGAGAGUAAUUACUACUACAACUUACUACUGAUUGUCCAUAAUGAUUGCAUUGUCCAGUUUUACAAGAUAGAAUCGAAAGCAAAUAAAAGAUAUGAUUGAUGAAAAACGAAAACGACGCAAACAAUUUCAUUUCCUCUACUACUAGGGAUAACACAAACACAAAACCUUGGGAUAUUAUCGACACACAAAUAGUGGGAAAAAUAAAAAAUGGUGGCGACUAACGGAUGAUGAGGAAGAGUGGGGUCAGCCAGAUGAUCUCCGACAAGGGAAAGUUUGAAGCAAGCUUGCACCAUCUUCUGGCUGGUUUCCCCUUCCACUUCUCUAAACUGGGUCGCAACUUUAUAAAUGUAAAAGGAAUACUAUUUAUAGUUUAAUUGAUAAUUGAUAAAUUAUCCUAUAAAGCUAAACUUUUUUCGAAGAAAAAAUGUAAACAUAAGCGUAAGUUCUUUUCUUUUAUAACUUUGUUGUAAAUUCUAUUUCAAAGAAAGGAAGAAGAUUGAAGCAUAAGAAGGAGGAGCAGGAACACAAUUUUUGCUGGUAGAGAACGAGAAAAUUUCAUAAUUCUAGCCGUAACGAAUUCAAAAGCAAGUCCAUAUUUAAUCCAAAAUUUCAUAGUACAUGUCAUAAAACGAAGCAAAAAUUCACACAAAAAAAGCAUAACUGUAGUUUUUAAAAGUUUAUCAAUAGUAGAACAAAAACCAGACGAGGCAUACACACAAAAAAAUCACAUACUCACAAAGACAUUUUGAGCCGAAAUCCCGACGCGGAGUUGACCACCACCACCUUUUGGAUCGAACUCUGUUUUUAGAGUGACCAUUUUAAAAGCGUGCGCCACAUUUGCUGCAGCAGCAGUUUUUACACCCGUCCUCCCUCCUCUGAUAGAAGUAUGAACCAAAAUAAAAUCCGCGCGAAUUAGACGAGGAGGAGAACGAUCCAUUUUCUAUAGAGCAAAUUAUACAUUUUAGCCAGGCCCACAUGCCCGUGGUGCAAACAACAGCACGAGAUCCCACGAAAUUUUUUGCAACACCGAAAGACUGCCAGACAGACUUAUUGACGCUGCAUGACUGGUGUGACGAAUUACACGUCACGCCAGAAAACAGCAACCACCUCACCGUUAAGAACGAUCGUCAUAAACGAAUAUUUGAAAAUCGAACUAUUAUACACUUUUUAAAGCAAAACUAUUAAAAAGCAUACCUCCGUCUCGGGAUCAAAUCAAAACCAGAAUCAAAGAGAAACGAAGGCAAACCGGACAAGCAAAAUCAUAUUCCAACAACACCCGCAGUUUAAUAGAAGAUGUAAUUGUCAAUUUUAAAGAAAGAAUGUCAAGCUAGCUCGAGUAAUAAAAAAAAUAACUGAAAUUUAAAUAAAAAUAACUAUACACAAAAACAUACAGAAUCGGUUGUAAAAUCGCGAGAAAACGAAAUAAGUAAAACAAAUGUGAAGGCAACUUUUAUGAUCGGGAGUCCUAUUUCGAAGUUUUUGGACAACGGUCAGCGUGGAUGGGGAAGCGGGAGUCUCGGUCGCGUUCGCGGAUAGAGGAAUCGGAUUUAAGAGCAAGCAUUAGGUAUUGUAACUCUACUACCAACAAACACAUCGCAAUAGACGCUAAAAAAGAGUGCUCAGCCAAGCAACACAGACAGACACUAAAUUGUAAAACAGUCCAUCAGUCCGACAGCGGCAACUACAGACAGAACAACUACAACAACACAAGAAUCAAAAUAAACGGAAUAAAGUGAAGAAACAUUAGAAAAUUGAA